AUGUUAGAAAAAUCAAAAAUUAAAUAAAUACUUCUUGACAAAUCUCUAGGAUAAAUUCUAAAAGUUGAAAAACUUAUCUAAUCAAUUUAAUAAGAUGAACUUAUAUUACCUUUUGAAUCAUUCAAUUAACAUUUUCAUACUACAGCAGGAAAAGAAUUUGUUGCCAUUCCACGUUUUAAAACUAAUAUUGAUUAAGCAACCAAUUAAAAUUGGAAAUGUGUACGUCCACGCACUCCAUCUACAAUAUUUAAAUGGAAACGUAGAAUUACAAUAUUUGAUUAAUAAAAAGACAUCUCGUAAUAACAAGAACUUAACACUACUUUAUCAUGGGAACCUAUUAGAAAACAUAUUCCUUUAGACAAAUAAACAAAAAGAAAACCUUGGAUUGUAGAAAAAGUCUUUCGUGAUUAUCUUGUUGAUCAGUAAAAAUCUAAAACUGUCUGUUUCGUUAAUUAUGCAAGAGAAUCAUAAAAUAAAGAACCACCAAAAUACUAUUAUCAUAUUGAUGAUAAUAAAGCUACACAAACCUAUUUUAAAUUAAAGUACUUUAUAAUUAAAAAAGGCCAAAUUACUAAAGAAGAAAUGUUAGUUUUGCCAAAUUUCUAGAAAGAAAUAAUGCAUCUCCUAGCUUAAAAAAAUUUUGA